UGUCUAUGUAGUGCGUAUUUCACGGUUAUGUCUCAAACAGAGUAAAUAUCAGAUCACUGCAAUGCGGUUUUGGAAAAUGGAUGUAUCUAGCUGACACUUAAUAAUUUGCAGUGAUGGGCAACAUUUUCGCUUAUAUCUCUCAAGUACUAUUCGGACCUGUUGAAAGGCAAGACGAAGCAAGAAAUCAAAUUUCCGAUCAAGUGAUAAUGGUAUUCGGCACUCUCCGCGAAAAAGGGUACCAAGCACUUGAGAAUGAUGUUGAAAAGGCGAUGUCAUAUUUCAACGAGGCGGAAGUGAUAGCCUCGAUUGAUCCAUACUAUUCCGGCCUUCGGGCUCUUGUCCGUGAAGAUAUUGAUCUUUGCGCAGUACUGACGUCCUUGAACAACGGAAGGAAAGCGAUGAGAUGUGGUUAUUUUACUGAAGCUGAGAGUAGGUUUACGGCUGCUCUAAGAAAGGCCAGAGGCUUGAAAAAACAAACAAAUUUAAUACAAAGACUUCGUCAGGAACUUGAUAACUGCCAUUACCAGCAGGGGUGGCGAGGAAAAAUGGACGGAGACUGUGCAUACGAUGGUGGACGUUACCAAGACGCCAUUAACGAUUACACAGAAGCUUUAAUGAAGGCAAAUGGAACAGAUUUGGCUACGUCUCUGCAUUGGAUGCGAUCUCUAGCUUACAGUCAUGUUGGAAAACAUACAUUGGCUCUCGAAGAUGCAAACCGAACUUUGUCUACCUACCAGGGAUAUUUGAGGGCUGCGACUGUGCUGAAGGCCAUGAAGAAGCCACAGCAAGCCAUUACAGUUUUGACGAAAGGACUAGCAGAAUAUAAUCCUCCGCAAAAUAUCAAGGUGGACUUCAUAGUUGAAAUCGUAGUGUUAACCAGCCAGCUUGGAGGGCGAAGGCAAUUUAGCAUGCCGUUUGACAUUGAUGCCGAGACAUGGAGCUGUGUUUUUAAAGCGCUAGCCGACCAAUGCAAAUGGGACGAAAUGAAAAAGUUGCUUUUAGAACAAUCAUUGAAAAACAUGGAAUCCUGCGGAAAAGACAUAGACAUUGUCGACCUGAUUAAAUACUGCAGGAUGAACCUUCAAUGCAUGACUUGGGGUCAGAGCUUAGCCGCAGCACUGAUGGAACGAGGCAGUUGUUUUCCUCGUUAUGCCGCUGCCACACUCAUGAAAAGAGCAUUGGAGUUUGGAAUUGGCACAGGAAGUUUUGAACUCUUGCAGUAUAUUUUCAAGAACCAUGUCACAUCUGCAUUAGAGAGGAACAUGAAAGGUGAGAAUGGAGAGACCCUUUUUGAGUAUCUCAUCAGAUCAUAUGACACUGGAAAGGGACAUGCUCGCCGUGCGCUCAGCCUACUUUACUUUUACGUGAUUGCUGAUCAUGAGAGUGAAGCGAGGCCUAGGGUAAAGACAUGGCUAGACAAUAUCAAAGAGGAAAUACAUACAUUUAUUGAUAAUAUAGAGCAUGAGGUGUCUUCAGACUCUGAUAAAGAGUCUUCAGACUCUGAUAAAGAGUCUUCAGACUCUGAUGAGUCGGAUGAGUCGAAUCCAGAGCAAAAUCUAGAUGUAGAAUCCAGAGAAAAAUCCCCCCCGAAAGGAAGGGUAGCUGUAGCGGCAGUCAAAAGGCAUGAGAAACCUCCUACAAAAGCUGAUGGUUAUUUUUCCGAUGACGACAACGAUUCUCCUCUUGAUCAGGUCGACUUCAAAGAUCUUAGGUGGGAAAUUGAUUGUACCUCAGAGGUCUGGAAGGAACUUCACAAGAAAUCCCUGGAUGAGAAAAUGAAGAAGCGCAUACUCAAGAAGAUCAACAUGCUUGGGUCAGGGGAUUUUGCAAACCAGCCUCAUCUAAUGAAGCGAUUAACGUCCGUUCCCCCAGAAAUUAAACUGUUCGAAGCAAAGAUUACUAAAUCUGCGAGGAUAAUAUGGGAGGUGGCUAUUGACUUUUCCCCGAAGAAGAGCUCCAGUGGCAAACCUAUGUACUCCCAAGUGAUACGGCUGUGGAAUAUUGUAUUCAACCAUAAGCAUAUAUUCAAAUGCGUACAGAACGUUGUCCGAUCGCACAAACGAGGAAAAGAGUGCCUAUUCCAAAGAAGAUUCAAAGAGCAGAACUCUAACAGAAUUCAAUAUGGGAAUGACGGCCGAAAAGUACCGCUACCUAGAAUUUGCUCAGAGGUUAAAGAAGGUCAAGGGGGUUCCACAUUCGUAAUUCCUGCAAGCUCGAAGGAGACGGAAUACCAUACCAUGAAGUUCUACCCCUUCGAUUUCGUGGCAGGUGCAGCUCUGGAGUUGAACCAUUUUGAUAAAAUAGACAUCCCUUUUAAGCCAACAGAGAGGGAGCACGCCAUAAUCUACAAAAAUCAAGAUCCUCCCUGCCCAUUACUACUCAUUGGUAGGAGUGGGACUGGUAAAACCACAUGCUGUUUGUACCGACUGUGGUCGAGAUUCGAGAGAUAUUGGAAAGGUACUGUAAAAGAGAACCUGCCGGUUUUAGAUACCGGGAUGAGUGCCUCUGUGGAAGGAGGACACGAGCAUGCCAAUGGUGCAACGUCUUUUCGAGCCAACCUUACUGACGACUCAGAUGAAGGAUUUGAUUCUGGUUCAUCUAGCAAUAAAGACACAAGCAACCAUCUACGCCAGCUACUCAUCACUAAAAAUUCAGUCCUUUGCACCCAAAUCAAGAAUAAUUUUAAAUGCCUUUGCCAUGCAUGUCCAGAUGCUAAACCACGCGUUCAGGUAGAAAAUGAACCACUGUCAAAUCGCCUUCAGCAAGUUAAUCCGUGUGCCUAUCCGUUGUUCUUAACCUCAAAGCAGUUCUUGGUGAUACUUGACGCCUCUCUCCCCGAGCCUUAUUUCUUUCCAAGGAAUGCAGACGGAUCCAUGAAGCGAAAGGUGGCUGGAUAUGAGAAACAUGUUAACCUGGCAAUCAACCCAGAAAUGUGUGAACACGAGAAUCGGUACAAGACAGAUGGAGGACCUGAAGACCCAAGACGAGAGGUAACGUACGAGAUUUUUGCUGGCGAACUUUGGCCACACAUGAUUAACAAACAAAAGGAAAAAAUAACAUAUCAUCCAUCACUUGUCUGGACGGAAAUAAACUCGUUCAUUAAGGGAUCUAUGGAAGCAAUGGCCACCGACACUGGACAUUUGGAUCUUGAAGCUUACAUCUUGCUUGGGAGGAAGCGUGCUCCCAACUUCCCAGGAUGUAGAGAACAUGUCUACGAUCUGUUCAAGACCUAUUCCAUACUGAUCAAACGGAAAGGAUGGUUUGACGAAACCGACAUCGUAUUCAACCUGUACCUGCGAUUAAAAAAGAACAACCCGUAUCCUGAAUGGUUCUUAAACGAGAUAUACGUUGACGAGACUCAAGACUUCACCCAGGCGGAGUUGGCCCUUCUUAUUCUAACUUGCCGUGAUCCAAACAACAUGUUUCUGACUGGAGACACUGCUCAAGGUAUAAUGCGGGGUAUUGCUUUCCGUUUCGAGGAUCUGAAGUCCCUAUUCCAUUACUAUGCAUGGGAACUGCGCCUACCGAGUAGACAUCCCCGACCAGUUGGAGUACCACGCAUCAUCUACCAAUUGAUACAUAACUACAGAUCUCAUACCGGGAUACUAAACUUGGCAACUAGUCUACUCGAUCUCCUUGAUCGAUUCUUCCCAGCUUCGUAUGGCAGAAAGGGACUGGAAAAAGACAGUGGUCUUUUCGAUGGUCCCAAGCCCGUCGUUUUAGACUGUUACAGUUAUAACGACUUAGCUGGUGUACUCCAUGGCAACAAACGUGAAACCUCCGAGAUUGAAUUGGGAGCCCAUCAAGCAAUCAUUGUAGCUAACGACGAAGCCAGGGACAACCUUCCGAAGGAACUCCUCUGCGCUGGGAUAGUUCUAACUAUUUACGAGUCAAAGGGGUUAGAGUUUGAUGACAUUCUGCUGUACAACUUCUUCAAAGACUCACCGGCGAAAGCAGAGUGGCGUGUUGUCCUUCAACAUUUGGAUGAAAUUAUUCAGGAGCAAGAUGAUACCGCUUCUAAAGAGUGCCAUAAGGAAAUCAUUGAAAUAGACACUGAGGCCUAUAAUAUGAGGAAGAACCAGCCACGUCUCCUCACCUUCGACCCUCAGAAGCACAAAAUUCUGAAUUCAGAACUCAAGCGCCUGUACACGGCAGUGACCAGAGCCAGGGUGAACAUCUGGAUAUUUGAUGAGGACAAACUCGCCCUGGAGCCGAUGUUUAGAUAUUUCCAAGUGCGCAAGUUGGUGAGGACGGUAGUGGCAAAAGGGGAAGUUGAUGGGAAGAGAUUGACUGAACUUUUUCCGAAGAAAUCUUCUAAGCGUGAUUGGAAGCUAAAAGGGAACGACUUUUUUAAAAGACAACAAUACAAACUUGCUGCUGACUGCUACAAAAAGGCUGGGCUUGAUAAACUAGAACAGAGAUGCUUAGCAAACCAGCUGGAAGUGUACGCUAAGGGCACCGUCAACAAGCGAGAGAGACUUAACAAAUUCCUAGCCGCUUCGUUAGAUCACCUCAAAUGCCAUCAGUAUGUGCAAGCCGUAAAUUGUCUGUGUUAUGCAGAAGAAUUCGAAAUGGCUGAGCAGCUGAGUGGCAGUAGCAAAGUAAAGAAGUAAUGGCGUGAUGAUUUUAAAGGUGGACUAAAAGUACACGGAGAAAUUAUACACAGCGUGGAGGAGAUGUGUGAGAAAGAUUUUCAGUAUACCAUACAGAACACAUAACAAUAUUUUUCACAUCAUUGCUGCUGAUAUCGAUAUUCAAACAGAGAUAGAAAACCGUAUACUGAAUCGCAGAAAUUCCUUAAAAUGUUCAAAUACUUUCGUGCUAUGUACAUGUAAACAUGUUAGAGCACGUUGGGUCCUUAUUCUAGCGACUGGAGAUAAUGUGAAUCUCGAUGUUUUUAGAAUAGGGACUUGAUAUCAGACCUAAUUACAUUAGGAGAGGAGAUCACGGGUGGUGAGAGAGUGAACAUAAAAUAAAUGAUUAACUAGCUGUGUACUGCCUAAUUGAAAAGUAAACUGGGGUAUUUGUAGCCAGUGGCAAUGUUUUGAUUCAUAUUACGGUAACCAUGGAAUUAUUUUGCCAACCCAAGCAUGGAUAUAUGAGAGAGGGAACUCAUGAGUAUCAUAGCAUAAAUAGUUUCUGAUUAUGCGACCUGUUAUGUAAGAGCUUUAGUUAUUAGAAGUGAACAAAUCAGAUAAAUGCACAAAUACAGUUGGGAUUGAACUUUUUGAAGGUAUGAAUUUUCCACACUCAUAGAUCUAGAGCAUUGGAAUAUUUGAAACUUGGUUCAGGUGACCAAUAUUAUAGUGUAGAGAAUGUUGUAUGCGGCAUUUGAUGUCAUUAUCAAAAGUAAAUUUUUCCGAGACAAUUUUCUGACCAAGGUACUCUCCCGGGUACUUGUAACCCGUUGGUUCGGGGUAUCUGUAGCCCCUAUAGAUAUUUCGAUAUAUCCUGUCAUAGAUCAUGAAGAUGCUAGGUUUCUUCAUUCUUAUUCCAUAUUAUUUGAUCAUCUGCUUUAGAUACAAUGCUAACCCUUUAUGUACCAACAAUGAUACAUUUAAUGUUUUAUACUAGUUUUUCUAAUAUCAUUUCAAAAUAAAAUAUUUUCAAAGGUACUGAUGCCUCCAAUUGGGGUUGAUACAUGGCCCGUGCUUGAAACUAGAGUUCUUAAUGUGCACAACAAGACCGUCAGUCAAUUCAUAAUAUCACAAGCUGUUGUCUGACACAAGAUGUUCUUUAUAACUGAGGUGGUAAAUAGAACUUUUAGAAGUUUGAAAUCAGUCUGAUUUGCGACUAUAUUGUUUGAGUUGUUGGUGAGUGGUUGCAUCGAACAUCACUUACAUGUUCAAUAAAUAUCGUUUGUGUAUGUUUUGAUACCAGCAAAACAUCGUCAUCAACAUAGAUUGUUAUAAUAUUGAAAGUUGUUUACCAAUAAACACCAUAAAAUAACCUGUGAAUUUAUUUUUCAUACGUAAAAAAACAUGAAAUUUGUAACUUUAUAGUCAAGGGCUACAAAUAACCCACGUCCACGGGGUAUUUGUAGCCUUUGACCACAAGUCUUGUAUUGUGUCUCAGAGGCAUUUUUUUAGAUAAAGUGCCCCGAAUUACAGGCUGUAAAAUUGGAAGAGGUGCCACUACAAGAUGCAUGCUGGUGUUAGUGAAUCUGCCUGAAAAUCUCUUGCGUAACCAAAGUUAUAGGCGAAAAAGUGCUACAAAUACCCCUUUUUUCCUCACAUGUAUUUAGGAAGUGGGUUGAUGUAAUUAGUUGAUUGAUGUAUUGUAGGCGCACCUUGCACUAAGCACCCUCUGCACUUUUUUGAAGUACAUGUAUACUUUUAAAUAAGUAUAAAUAAACAUCAAUAAUAAAAGUCACCAAAAUAUGGACAAUUCAAGCCCAUGCUUCGGCCUGUAGACCCCUUUAAAGCAUUUUAGGUGUAUGAUUUACCGUACUGUAAAUGUGUUACAUGUAUAAUGUUCUUCCUGAUAAGGAGGUUUUAAUAAAUAA